AUGGCCCCCCUAUCGCAGCCCCACAUCGACGUCAGGGGCCAGUUCCAAUUCGGACAGGCGCGAACUCUGUGCACACAAUCAGCAGUCAGCCUCCGCCCGGAAUCACGAUUGGUGGUGCUGACGGAUCUUGUGAGGGCCGUCAUGCGUCACGAUGUGAGUAGGAUGGUUGCGUCAGUGGUGACCCUGAAGAUCGACAUGCAGACACGAGAGCCAAGCCGGAAAAAGUCGCCGAGUGAUGCCAAGAAGUCACAUCAGCCCCAAACCAGUGAAAACCCAGUCGAAGAAACCGAAAAACACGCCAACUCCGUGUCGACGAACACACUUUGGCAUUGGAGCCGUCUCUACGCCUUUUUACGCUCGUCUAGCAUGUCGAUCUAG